UUCUAUGUGACACUUAAACAAACACAAAACAAACAAAACGCACACAGACAGCACAAAUAAUCACAGAACACACCGAAAAUAACUUUCUAUAGCUUAAAAGCCUAAUAGAAACAAACUCCACAUGUGUCAGUCACCAAACACAAACCGGAAGUCCUAGUAGUUGGUAGUCCUACUGAUCCGUCAUCCCAUGUUUACGUGAUCGUGACAGCUAGACCGUGGUGUAUCGUGAUUGUUCGGGUGUGAUACUUUUAUUUUAAUUUAUUCUAUGAAGAGAAUAGUUAAACAGCAAUGGACCACUGAUAUCCUUUAACUUUCAGCCAUACGUGUGAAAAUAGUAUAAACAAAAUCACAAAUGGUUACAAGUGUAAUGAUUAUGUUUGAGACUGACGUGGUCCUGUGACGAUUGCGACUAUUUACUGUUCAUUAAUUCUUUUAUGUAUUUACAUAAAUAUUAUAGUUGGGUUGGUUACGAAGUAAAUGACGUAGCAAUGUCGUGGGUUAAGGAUAACUGUCUUUCUUUCUUUCAACUAUUUUGUAUCAAAGUUGUGAAGACCGGUCGAGUUCCGCAACAUAUAGCUUUUAUUAUGGACGGGAAUCGUCGUUAUGCGAAGAAGAACAGCGUAGACACCAGUGCUGGACAUUACAAAGGCUUUGACAAACUUUCUGAAACCUUGAAGUGGUGCCUAGAUCUUGGAGUGCCUGAAGCUACAGUGUAUGCAUUCAGCAUAGAGAAUUUUAAAAGGAAUAAAGAUGAAGUGAAUGCUCUUAUGGAUUUAGCUAGAGACAAGUUUCAGAGACUAUUGGAAGAAAUUGACCAAAUUAAUGAAUGGGGUGUAAGAGUGCAUGUUGCUGGUCGACUGUCCCUCUUACCAAAAGAUUUACAGGCACUUGUAUCUAAAGCCAUGCUAGUCACCAGAAAUAAUAAUAAGCUUAGACUCAACAUCGCUUAUGCCUAUACAGGCAGGGAUGAAAUCAGCCGUGCUGCCUCACACAUAGUGGAUGGUGUCAAGAAUAAUGAGAUAUCACCUGAGGAUAUUGAUGAUGAACUUGUGUCACAAACUUUAGAACUGGGAGAAGCUGAAUUACUUGUCAGAACUUCUGGAGAAGUUAGAUUGUCUGACUUCAUGCUGUGGCAGGUAUCAAACACGGUGCUAUACUUUACCGAGGUAUUAUGGCCCGAAUUUACAAUUUGGAACCUAUUAGCAGCUAUAAUUCACUUCCAGAGAAAUGCUCCGCCCCCUAAAAUGAAGAGCAGUGUCAGUGAUAAAGCGCAAUUGUUUUUGGAUAACCUCGAAAAUCAUAGACAUCAACAGUUGGAGAAAUAUGUUAAUUGUUAAUGUAUACUCUGUUCUAUUGUUAUUUAGUAGUUAUUGUAAGUACACAGGUUGUAGAAAUAUAUGUAAAUAUGACUGA